GCCGUUGCGGCCGGCUCUCCGGUUUCUUUUUAGUAAAAACAGAGGGAGGAGGAGGAGGAGGAGUGCGAGCGGCCGCGUGGCGCUUCCGCUCCGCUCCUCCCCUGCACCCUGCGCGCACCCGCUUCCCAGCCACGCGGACGGCUUCGGCGCUUGCGCAGCCGGCCGCCGGGACGUCCCGCCGGGAGGAAGGAACAAGAGUUUUGUCUUAUGGCUGUCCCAGGAAAGGCGGCAGCUUUCCGUCUGCCUCCCCUGCCAACUGUUGGAGAGAUUAUCAAACUCUUUCGUCUUAAAGCACAGAAACAGCUUUCCCAAAACUUUCUACUGGAUUUGCGAUUGACAGACAAGAUAGUGAGACAAGCUGGUGAGCUGAAAAAUGCCCAUGUUUGUGAAGUGGGCCCUGGGCCAGGAGGAAUUACCAGAUCCAUUCUCAGUGCUGGUGUUGAACAACUCCUUUUAAUUGAAAAAGAUGCCCGAUUUAUUCCAGGAUUGCAGAUGUUAUCCAAAGCAGCUCCAGGAAAAGUGCGCAUUGUUCAUGGAGAUAUCCUGACAUAUAAGAUGGACAAGGCUUUCCCAAAGCACUUAAAAAAGAACUGGGAGGACGAGCCGCCAGAUAUACAUAUCAUUGGGAAUCUGCCAUUCAGUGUUUCAACUCCUCUAAUCAUCAAAUGGCUUGAGAAUGUUUCCAAAAAGGAUGGACCUUUUAUUUAUGGCAGGACACAGAUGACGUUGACUUUUCAGAAGGAAGUUGCAGAGAGGCUUAUAGCUAAUCCAGGAGCUAAGCAACGUAGCAGACUGUCCGUCAUGGCUCAGCAUCUCUGCACUGUUGAGAACUGUUUCAUAAUCCCAGGUCAAGCCUUUGUUCCAAAGCCAGAUGUGGAUGUGGCUGUGGUGCAUUUCACUCCAUUGGUGCAACCAAAGAUAGAGCAGCCUUUUGAGCUAGUAGAAAAAGUGGUUCGAAGUGCAUUUCAGUUUAGAAGAAAAUACUGCUUCCGCGGGAUCGAGACCUUGUUUCCUGAAAGCGGACGUUUGAAAAGAACAGAACAGCUGAUGAUGACAGCAAACGUUGAUCCAACUCUGCGUCCUUUUCAGCUCUCCAUGUCACAGUUUAGAAAUCUGUGCAAUACGUACAGGAAAAUGUGCGAUGAAGACCCAAGCCUUUUUGUGUACAACCACAGAGAAGAACUAAAGCAAAAGAAGGCGGUGAGGAAUUCAGUUCAAAGUACCAGUCAGCCUGAAGAGACUGAAGAGACUGAAGAGAAAAAUCAGCUGUAAUUGCAACAGGCUAAUUUUUUUAUUAGUUUUAACUCGUUGGUCUAGAGAUGCUGAUCCAAUAAAAGGAGGUUUAUAUAUUCCUA